UGUGUGAUUUUAGAGGACAAAGCCCGCCGGUUGCUGAAUUUAACCUACUCCUGAAAGCUCACACUUUGGAAACCUAUGGGGUGGAUCCUCACCCCUGCAAGGAUUCAACCGGUACAACAACAUUUUUAGGAUUCACUGCUUCCGGCUUUGUGGUAUUCCAGGGAAAUAAGAGAAUCCAUCUGAUAAAAUGGCCAGAUGUCUGCAAGUUGAAGUUUGAAGGGAAGACGUUUUAUGUGAUUGGCACCCAGAAAGAGAAAAAAGCCAUGUUGGCAUUCCAUACUUCAACACCAGCUGCCUGCAAACAUCUUUGGAAGUGUGGAGUGGAGAACCAGGCUUUUUAUAAGUAUGCAAAAUCCAGUCAGAUCAAGACUGUGUCAAGCAGCAAGAUAUUUUUUAAAGGAAGUAGAUUCCGAUACAGUGGUAAAGUUGCCAAAGAGGUGGUGGAGGCCAGCUCCAAAAUCCAGAGAGAGCCUCCUGAGGUGCACAGAGCCAACAUUACUCAGAGCCGCAGUUCCCACUCCUUGAACAAACAACUCAUCAUUAACAUGGAGCCUCUGCAGCCCUUGCUUCCUUCCCCUAGUGAGCAAGAAGAGGAACUUCCUCCGGGUGAGGGUGUUCCGUUGCCUAAAGAGGACACCAUUUCUGCCCCCUUGAUCUCCAGCUCCCCCGUGAAGGAAGCCCGGGACUAUGAAGACCCCCCGAGUGAAGAGGAUGAUAAAAUCCAAGAAGAGCCCUUAACCAUCUCUGAACUAGCCUACAACCCAAGUGCCAGCCUGCUCCCCACCCCUGUGGAUGACGAUGAGAUUGACAUGCUCUUUGACUGUCCAUCCAGGCUCGAGUUGGAAAGAGAAGACACAGAUUCGUUUGAGGAACUGGAAGCAGACGAAAACGCCUUUUUGAUUGCUGAAGAGGAAGAGCUGAAGGAGGCUCGCCGAGCAUUGUCGUGGAGCUACGACAUUCUGACCGGCCAUAUUCGGGUGAACCCGCUGGUCAAGAGUUUUUCCAGGCUCCUUGUGGUGGGCCUGGGACUGCUGCUUUUUGUAUUUCCCCUGCUCCUCCUCCUUUUGGAGUCAGUCUCCAUGCAGUAAACAGACCCAGCAGGACCUGCCCGUGGUGAGCUCAGCCAGGACUUGGCUCCCCAUGUUCCAGCUUCGGUCUGUGACUGGGUGGGUAAGUUCAGUGAGCCCCACCCAAUGGGCUCCACUGCCAUCACUUCAGAGAGGAAGAAAGGAGCAUCACGCAGGCUUCACAUCACAGCUGUGCUCUCCAAUCCAUCAAUAAAGCUGGUUUUAGCCCUCUC